AUGUCCUCUGAAUCCAUAUUCCGCAAACACUGUGUACAGAUUGCCUCGCAUCUCGGGACGAAGAUAUCAGACUCGACCCCUACCACCAUCUACGACGCAUCAAAGAACUCCAGCGCAACCGAGGCAAGCUUGCCACGGCCACCGCGUGAGCAUACCACGGUGAACGACGUUCUUGCUGAAUCGUUGGGUCUGGGGGAAUCUAGACCUGAGUCUUUGCUGCCCAUCAAAGUACACAAUGCAGACCAUGCGCAGUCUAUUACCGAUGAGCUACAAAGCUGGAAGAUUCACGCGAAAGAAACAGCCAAACGCGCAGAGCAAAAGCAGAAAGAGGCCGAGAAGCAUAUCACCAAAGCUCGAGAAGACAAGGCCUUGGCCGAGAAAGCUCAAAUCUUCUAUGAUAAAAUGAAAGUAGCAAUUUCACUGAAGGGCGAAUUCGACCUUAUCUGGAAAGACAUACGGAAGCAUUGCGACCGCUAUCUCGGCUACAAGCAUAUGGAUAAAUCCAGGCAGAUGGCUAUACAUGCUAUCUGGAAAUAUCUCUGCAGGAACGCUUGGGGUUGCGAUGACAGCAACAGCAGCACUCGGGGUAGCUUCUCCGGGAAGAAAAGCAACCCUCUGGAAAGUCGUCUCUUCCCUACUGACUCUACAUACACAGGAAGGCCAAUGUCUGAAUCCCUGGGCAACUUGAUCGCCAGGGCCAAGGAUCUGCAGGAUGAAUUAAAGGAGUAUGGGUUUCAAGCUCACAUCGACCCGGAGGGUCAUCUUGAUGAAAGUCUACCCCUGGCUCUAGACUCCGGAGUCAUGAUUUGUGUGAAGCAUAGGAAGGAUGGAUGCCUUGGGUUUUGGUAA